GUCGUCUGUGUUUGGGGUCUGAGGAGCCAGCGCGCUGCGUUCGCCGCCCCCGACAUUAACCCCUCGCUAUUUCCAGAAACUUCCAGCCCACUCCCCCACGUCACCAGUGGGAAUCUUUAAAGCGACCGUCGCCCCGUGUAACAUGUCUCAACACUCGGCCGCCUGCAACAUGAACGCCGUGAAGACGCAGUCACCGAUGCCCGCCGCGAUGGCGACCAACGACAGCGAGCCUCUGCCGCUGGGCUGGGAGGUGAAGAUCGACCCGCACACCGGCUGGCCCUUCUUCGUGGACCACAACAACCGGACCACCACCUGGAAUGACCCGAGACACGACACCAGAAAGAUUCGAGAAGUGUCAGCAAACGGGCCCAGCGCAUCAGCAGAAUUGAGCCCCGUGGAGCCUCUGAAGACGUUUGUGAGAGAGAUGAAGCAUCCGAUUCUCCGGCCGGGUUACAUUCCCAUCCCGGUCUACCACGACGGAGCAGAUGUGAGGCAGCAGCAGCAGCAUCCGUGUUACUCCUACAUCCAGCCGGUCGCCGCCCAGAGCGUCCGGACCGAGGGUCCGACGGCGCCGCAGACAUCAGGGCUCCAUCACAGACCCAAAUCACCGCUGCUAGGACACGCUGACGCCGAGUGUGGGAAGACCGGAGCACCGGUUUCACCAACAUCAGAGGUCAACAUGGCCGCCCAUCACCAGCCAGCGCGGCCCAGCAGCUCCGGCCUCCAGCCCGGCUACAUCUCCAUCCCAGUGAUCCACGAGGGCGGAGGGGGCCAAACGCCGCCUCACAUGAACCCGUCGGUUUACGCCCAGCGCGUUCCCUACGCCGAACAUCAGCCGCCGUUCCAUCACCGCCUUCAGACGGAGGACUGGCCCCGCUACCCCGCCACGGUGCAGCCCCCCAGAGAAAGGGCUUCCCCGACCGCUUUCCCCCAGCAUCUCGACGCCACGCCUGCUCACCUUCCGCCUCACGUCAGGAGCCACUCACCUGUUAAGAUACAGGUGAUGGGGGAAAGGCCGCAGGCUCCACAGCGUGUCCUGUCGAGAGAAAUGCCCCAGUGGACGGAGCAGGAGCAUCAAAUCGUGCAGCACAAACCCGAGAGCACGACGGUUCCCCAAAUGCUGCACACAGAAGCAGACGUCCCCAAGUCGCCACAGCCACAGCCACAGCCACUCCAGCAACCUCAAACGCAUCACGAAGCGUCUCCGCAGGCUCAGAAGCCGGAGCUGCCACCACACCACAUGUCCGACAUCACGGUUCAGAUACCUCCGAAACCAGAAGCCCAGGAGGCACCAGCCGACGUCCCGCCUGCGCAGACCGAGGCAGACCCGACCGUCAAGUGCCCGGUACACCCAGGGCUGGCUAAAGUGCAGCAAAUCCUGGAAAGAGUCACCAAGUUGGAGCAGGAUGUGAAAAGCUUCAGCGGAAAGAAAAAUGAUAAGAAAUACUUGCUACUGGAGGAGCUCUUGACCAAGGAGCUGCUGGCGCUAGACUCUGUUGACCCUGAAGGCCGUGUGGACGUACGGCAGGCGAGGCGGGACGGCGUCCGCCGCGUGCAGACCAUACUGGAAGAACUGGAGCAACUGGAGGAGCAUUCUGCCAGUGAGGCUGCACUGGAUAGAGACAGUUUGACACAGAAAGGAGAGCCCAGCGUGAUCACUGAGAGCCUGGAGAUGGCGAAGGAGAGAUUAUGACUGAACACCUCAUAGUGGAGAGAUUCCUCAACCUACAGCAUUUGUGGAAGUUGCAUGCAUUGAUUCAAAGUGUUGCUAUGUCCAUUCAGCACAUAAUCGAUGGUAGCCCAGUGGAACUGUAUUGUUCAAGCCAUUGUUGUUGCCUUUCUGUUGUUCCAGUAUCUUUAAAGCAAGAUUGCACUCGUCAGUGAGUUCUUCUUGACAACAUUGUUAAACGUAUUUUUGUUUCAAGUACGAGGCCUUUAUUAAUAAAUGGAAGAGAACAAAAGUAUUUUCUUAAGAAACGAUAUUUGGAGUUGCCUUUUGUCUGAUUAAAUCCUCUAUGAAGCUUUUCUUAAUCUAGUCAGAACACGAGUUGGGCUUUAAAGCAGAACGCCUGAGUCAACAGAACCAAAUUUCUCCCAGUGAAUGCCAUCUGUUCUUGUUGGAGCUGCUUUGUCACAAAACACAGUGCAUUUGUUUACUACGUGCUGCUUUAUGGCAUAUUGCUGAUUUUGCUGUCUUUGCACUUUGCCGUCACUGAGAAUCAGGGUUCCUGCACGGUUUUAUACGUCAACGUCCCAUAACUUUAAAAAAGUCUCAGAAAUGUUUGCUGUUUAUUUUGGUUCAUUUUCAAAGUAUAAAAUCAAAAGUUCAGCAUGAUUUAGAUGUUUCAACGGCAGCGAGGCUUUAAAUGUGGAAUCUACCAUAAUGAGGGAGGAUGGAUGGAUGGAUGGAUGGAUGGAUGGAUGGAUGGUUGGAUGGAUGGAUGGAUGGAUGGAUGGAUGGAUG